AUGGAUCAAGAAAAGCAAGACAUCAUCACUCAUGAGUCUGCAGAGGUACAGAAAGCUUCUGGCUCAGAAUGGCUGUAUCGAGCCUUGUCAAUCGAAACCGGCGGAAUCGAGCGCAUCACCGACGAUGACCGGCACCACAACACCACGCGGUUUUGGAACGCUGCCACAUUUUGGUUCAGUGCCAAUAUGGCCGUCGCCACCCUGAACAUUGGCGCACUGGGUGGUUCGUACGGCCUCGGGUUCUGGGAUUGCUUCAUUGUCAUAUUCCUGGUUAAUCUGAUCGGAGACCUCCUUCCGGCCUGGACAGCAACCUUUGGGCUGAGCGGUCUCCGAAUGACGACCUUCUCCCGCUACUCCUUUGGCCACCGAGGCAAUUUACUCGUCGUGAUCUUUUCCAUGAUCUCUACCACAGGCUGGAACGCUAUCAACGCUAUCUCUGGCGCGUCGGUUCUCAGCGCCCUAUCCGAUGGGAAGUUUCCCACUUGGGCCGGAGUGAUCGUCAUCUGCACCCUCGUCUAUAUUAUCUGCGUCCUCGGUAUUCACUGGAUCCAUCGACUCGAUACAUUCCUCUGGAUCCCCUUUCUGGUGGUCUGGUGUGUGGCAGCUGGGACCGGGGCAUCGCAUUUCACCACGGCCAUGCCCAAUGGAAACGACAACACGAGCACGUCCGACAAAGCCGCUGCGGUCUUGACAUACAUGGCAAGCAUCUUUUCCUUUUCCAUAUCCUGGAUCAACUGCGCAGCAGACUACAAUGUCCGCAUGCCUGCGGAAACACCACGCUGGAAGAUCUUCUCCGCCACAUACGUGGGCAUCUUUGUGCCGACAGUUCUUGUGCAAACGCUCGGAGCUGCUCUGUACACUGGAACCAUAACUAACGCUGCUUGGAAAGCAGCGUACGAGGACUCCUCAAUCGGAGGACUACUCGGGAUGGCACUAUCCCCAGCCGGGGGAUUCGGCAAGUUUCUCAUGGUAUUGGCUGGCUUGAGUGCAGUUCCGAACAACAUUCCCAACAACUACUCCUUUGCCCUACACGCCCAAAAUUUCACCCCACGGGCCGCUAAAAUCCCCCGUAUCAUCUGGAUCACAUUUGGGUUUGUGGUCAGCCUCAUCAUUGGAUGCUGCGCAGCCGUCUACUUCAAAGAUACACUGCAGACCUUCCUCAGCGUCAUUGGAUACUGGACCAUCAUCCAUGUGACGGUCGUGCUCGAAGAACACGUCAUUUUCCGCCGCGGCUGGAAGGGAUAUAAUCUCGAAGCCUGGAAUGAUCCCAAGGAGCUGCCGUUUGGGUGGGCUGCAAUCGGUGCUUUUGCGGGAGGGGUGGUGGGUGCUGUACUGGGGAUGAAGGUGGCUUGGUAUGUCGGACCAGUUGCGGCUUUGAUUGGGAAAUCGGGGGCGAAUAUAGGGCAGGCGCUGACGCUGGGGAUUUCUGGGGUGCUGUUUGUGGGGUUGAGGGGGGUGGAGAGGUGGUCUGGUGGGUGUUAG